AUGGCCGACCCCGACCCAGCAGACCGGCAUUCAUUCCCCGGCCCCCAUGGCCGACAACGACACCUGAUCGCAAGCCACUGCCCACGACCAGUCCCGGACAUUGGUCGAGAGCUCCGAACUGAAACCCGCAGCAGCUGUCGACUUCCCAUCGCAUCUCCUCCCCCGUCGACGCGAAUCCGUCACCGGCGCCAGCUCUGGCUUCUGCGCAAACUUCGUAGCAGCGGAUUGGCUCGAUGCAUCGCUUCUGCCAAUACUAGCGAACAGCUCGCUGUCCCUCCCUUUCCGCCGACCCAGCUCCGUCCGCGGAGCGUCUUGCCCACUUCCUCUUCCACAGCCCCUCGGCCCUGGCAUACUGCCAAUAUGUCUCUGUCCGACUCCUUCGCCAUGCCCGACGCCUCAGUCUCGGACAACGAUGACAUCGACUCCCUGCCCUCCUCGACCACCGACUCGUUCAGCUCCGAGGACGAAGACUACGAUGCACAGCGCGAGUGGGAGCGGAGCUUAGAGCAGUUACAGCUGCUGCUCACCAUGAUUUUGGUCCCCUUUGCCGGCAAGUACUUUGGCCGGAAAUUCGCAUACUGGAGCUGGGCGAGAUACAUGGAAUGGGCGCACAAUGUCGAAAUUAGAUGGACGAACAAGAAGGCCUUCAAGGCUGCCGGCGUAGCCGAGGCUGCGUCAUCUCUUUGA